AUGCAUCGCCCUUCCCCACGCAUUGAGGGAGUGGACGUCGAGCUGGCUUCGAAACGUCGACUCCUUGAUGGCAGCGUUUGGCUAAAUCAGUAUCGCGUUUGCGAGAAACUAGCGAGCACUGAACUUUCCAGCGUUUUUCGUGUGGAAGGGACGAACACUGAUACUGGAGAAGUGACGAGUUAUUGCUGCAAGAGAUACCGAAAGAUGUUGCUCCUGAGGCGCAGGGAUUUCCGUCCUGGUCCAACGGGAAUGGGUUUCAAGACCAAAAUGGAAGACGUUAAGGAAGAGGCUCGAAUGUUGUCCCUGCUAAAGCAUCCACGUUGUCUUGAACUGCAGGCGAUUCUUGACUCGAACCUGGACUCGGCGGAGGGCAAAGUGUAUUUUCUAACAAACUUUUUAGUAGGGGGUGCGCUGAUGGUAUUAAGACCAUUACGAGAUGGGAUGCAAGAGCGAAGUCACUUGCUGAAGUCCGGUCAGUCACCCACCGUGUCAGUAGACGGAACAAAAACUGCCCAUUAUACGGCUCUGCGAGAAGGCUUUGUUCCUCAACUGAGAUCACAGAGGACCUUCACUGAGGCCCAAGCCAAAUGUUUCAUCAGGGAUGCUGCGGAAGGUGUAUCAUACUUGCACGAAGAUUUAGGAAUUUGCCACAGGGACUUGAAGGUUGACAACCUUCUUCUGGGGGCAGAUGGGCGAGUAUGUGUCGGAGACUUUGGAAGCGCCGAGAAAAUGGGAGCUAAUGGCAAAGUCAGACACACGAAGGGUACUUACAUGUUUAUGGCCCCAGAGUGCUUUCGGCCAUUGGACGACACGAAGCUGUACGAAGGCCACGAUGGGCGCGCUGCGGACGCCUGGGCAUUGGGAAUUUGCACAUAUGUUAUGGUAUUUGGUGUGGUGCCUUUCGAUGAUAGUUCGAUAGAAAGCCUAUUCGAGGCUCUUGGGGAGGGGGUUGUCACUAUUCCUAGCGAACCUCCCAUAUCUCCCGAGCUGCGUGACUUUCUUGGUAAGGUCCUCCACCCAGAGUGGAAGGACCGUAUGUCCGUUCGGCAGAUCCUGUCCCACCCGUGGGUCGCCUCGGCAAACUACAAAGACGCUGCUGAUUACGCUGGGGCGCUUCUUCAGCAGAGAAGCCUCGACGAUCACAUCGAUAAUUAG